UGCAAAGCAACUGCUGGCAAUAAUACCAACCCUUAGCCAGGACGAGGUUCUGGUUCAGCUCUGAGGGCAGAGAACUGGUGGAGCCAAAGACAAGCUUCCCAGGUCAGAGAAGAUGGAAUCCCGAAGGAAGCCCCAGCUCCUAGUGCACCUGACACUUUUCAGCGUGCUCUUCUCACAAACACUGGCGUGGCCUCUUUUUGAAACACCUUUUCUGAAUGACAGAAUACCAUUUGAAGGAGCAAAUGAACUUGAUCCAGCUUUACUAACACCAGACACUGACAUCUUGCCUAAUGCAUUUGCUGGAAAUGACAGGAAUGCCAGACAUGCUGAGGAAAUUAUAACCAGCGAGUAUAAAAGACUCUUGGGUCAACUUCCUGCCAAAAGACAUGUUGAGUCCUUUAUUGGAAAACGAGAUAGCGAUGACAUCACAGAGAUCAGUGGCACAGCCAUACCUCCACUGAAUGAACAGAUCAUUGACAAAGAAACGCUGAAAUAUUUACUUCAAUAUCUCGGUAUUAGAAUUCUUGAAGAAAAAUGA